UCAAAGAAAGUAAGAAAAGUGGGCAGUGGCUAGCUAGUGUUAGUGUGGUUGGAUUUUUGUGGUUGAAGAAGGAAAAAACCAACCUCUUCCACUGCAAAACUUCAAGGUUUUGAAGGCUGAGGUUGUGUUUUCUCUUGUUGCUGGAUUUGAAGGCUGUGUUAUUAUGGGUUCUGGUUCUGCUGUUACUUUGCUCCUUCUUUUCUGCUUAUGGGGUCUUUUCAUCUCUCUCUCAUCUGGGGCUAGGCUUAGUGCUUCAAGGCAAAAGCUUGAGGUCAACAAGCAUUUGAAUCGCUUGAACAAGCCUGCUGUCAAGACUAUUCAGAGCCCAGAUGGGGAUAUAAUAGACUGCGUGCAUGUUUCUAAGCAGCCAGCCUUUGAUCAUCCUUUCCUCAAAGAUCACAAAAUUCAGACAAGACCUAGUUUCCACCCUGAAGGGCUUUUUGAUGAGAACAAAUUAUCUGAAAACCCCCAAGAAAAAUCCAAUGCUCCCAUCACUCAGCUGUGGCAUGUGAAUGGUAAAUGCCCUGAGGACACAAUACCCAUCAGGAGAACAAAGGAGGAGGAUGUUCUGAGAGCAAGCUCAGUCAAAAGAUAUGGAAGGAAGAAGCACAGAACUAUCCCUAAGCCCAGGUCAGCACAGCCUGAUCUAAUAAACCAGAGUGGUCAUCAGCAUGCAAUAGCUUAUGUUGAAGGAGAUAAGUACUAUGGAGCAAAAGCCACUAUAAAUGUGUGGGAACCCAAGAUUCAGCAGCCUAAUGAGUUCAGCUUGUCUCAGCUCUGGAUAUUAGGAGGCUCAUUUGGUCAAGAUCUUAACAGCAUUGAAGCUGGCUGGCAGGUUAGUCCAGAUUUAUAUGGUGAUAACAACACACGGCUAUUCACCUACUGGACGAGUGAUGCAUAUCAAGCUACAGGCUGCUACAAUCUUCUUUGCUCUGGAUUUAUUCAAGUCAACAGUGAAAUAGCAAUGGGUGCAAGCAUUUCUCCAAUUUCAGCAUACCGGAAUUCACAGUUUGAUAUCAGUAUUCUUAUCUGGAAGGAUCCAAAAGAGGGGCACUGGUGGAUGCAAUUUGGGAAUGACUACGUAUUGGGUUAUUGGCCUUCUUUCCUGUUCUCAUAUUUGGCUGACAGUGCUUCCAUGAUUGAGUGGGGAGGAGAAGUUGUUAAUUCUGAGCCUGAUGGUCAACAUACCUCAACUCAAAUGGGUAGUGGUCAUUUUCCUGAAGAGGGAUUUGGCAAGGCAAGCUACUUCAGGAAUGUUCAAGUGGUUGAUAGCUCCAAUAAUCUCAAGGCUCCCAAAGGUAUUGGCACCUUCACUGAGCAAUCAAACUGUUACGAUGUCCAAACAGGCAGUAAUGGGGAUUGGGGCCAUUACUUCUACUUUGGAGGCCCUGGCAAAAACCCAAAUUGUCAAUGAGCUAAAGAAGAUGAACUAAAAAGAAGAAAAAAAAGAAAAAGAAAAAUUGUAGUCUCUCUUGUAUCAUUCAAUCAUCCUAGUGUUAAAGCCCUUCUCUUCUAUCUUGUAUACCCUUUUUCUGUAGUGGAAAGUUUUGACUGUUAUUUUAUAUUGAAAGAUUCUCCAUGUAAGCUUAGUGGGGAAGUGUGGCCAAGUUUCUCAAAAGCCUAAAGAAACAGGCCUUUAUAACAUCCUUGUAUUUUAUUUGUUUGUCCACUCCUCUCUAUAGGAGUGUGUGUCAA